UUGUUAAUUUUACAAAUUUCGUUUGUUAAUUUUACAAAUUUUUUUUUGUAAAAUUAACUCGUAACAUAUAAAUGAAGAUUUAAUGUAAAAAUAAGAAGAAUAUCUGAAAAAAUCUUGCAUACGGUCGGAUUGAGUCGGACGAUGUGUGUUUUUAUAAGCAGCUGACAAUAGACAACACGUGAAGUAUUUUUUUUCUUCAAAAACAAAUAAAUAAUUAUUAAAUUAUAAUUAUAAUAAAUCAAUAAUUCGUGUUUUCAAUGACUUUAUCAAGUAAGUUAAUUUAAAGUGAUUUAUAAAUCCCUUCAAGAUUAUUUAUAAAUGUUAUUUUAUAUUUUUAAUUAAUUCUCAAUUAAUAAUAUAAUAACAAUAUGCUUGUUGACAAUAUUUUCGAAGCUACUUACUUGAUAAUUAAUUGUUAAAUAUUCAGGUAAUAUUGUAAGAAUAUGAAUGGAUUAGAAGAAUUUCCUGAUCAAUGUCAAUUCUCGAAUGAGCAAAUGUGUUUUUAUUAUUGUUCAGUAUAAAAAUGAAAAAAAAUGGGUACAGCUAUCAGAGCAUUUUACAUAUGCUGAUAUCAUCCACAAAGGUUUAUUACUUAUUUAUUUUGUUUAAUUCACUUAAGAAUUUGUUUGAUUCAUAAAUACUUUUUUCAAUUUUAAAGUAUAUGAAAUAUUUGCAUUACCUGAGGAGCAAGAUAUUGAGAUUACUGAUCUAAAUGAUGUUUUAAUUGAUUAAGAUAUAUUAUGUAAUUUUAUACGUUGAAGUAGUCAUAGCUUGACAUCUAAACUUAGACAGAAAAUAGUAAAUUUGUUAGAUAUAUCUGAAAAUAUAGUUGCUAAUGUUACACAAACUCAUGGAUUAAAGCAUGCUGAUAGUAGUACAAGUGCUGAUGUUAUACCAGUACCAUCAGAUAAACCAAUUGAUCUCAAUGAUGACAAAAAGCCUUUACCAAAAAAACCAAAAUUAAAAAAAAAAAUAACUAGUGACGUGGUUUCAGCUAAAGUUAGUUUAUAAGAAAGAAUUUGAAUUGUAUUUUUUUUUCUUCACUUUACUGAAUAUUUAGAUAUUUUUUUAUUUUAUCAAGCAAUUGAAAGAACUUCUUAUAAUCACACUAAUAUGGAGAUGAAAUAUUUGAAUCAUACAAUGAUUUAGGAUAUUUGACAAAAAGAAAUGUAGAAAAGUUAUUGUCAAUAUUGUGGCAAGUGAACUUUUGAAACAUAAAAAAAUAACCCAGAGAUGUGGUUUUAUUUCAAGAUAAAUUUUAUCAACAAUGUUUGACUAAAAAAUUUUCUGAUAAUAAUUAUUAAGUACAAAACGUAUACAAAAGUUACAAAGAUGGUAGUGUAUUUAAAAAUAAUACAUUUUUUCAAAUAAAUAAAAUUUCGAUUCAUCUACAAAUUUAUUAUGACGAGUUUGAGGUUUGCAACCCUUCGAGUCCGAAAGCAGGUAUACACAAAAUUGGUGCUUUUUAUUUUUCCAUUUUAAAUUUACCUUAACAUAUGCUUUCAAAAUUAGACAAUAUUCGUUUACUUGCCCUCGGUUAUGAUUUUGAUAUUUAAAGUUUUGGUAUAAAUCCAGUUUUAAAAUAAUAGUUAAUGAUUCAAAAAUUUUCGAAACAGAUGGUAUAUUUAUAAAAAGACUUAAUUCUUUUGUCAAAGGUAUAGUUUAAUAUCUGUAAGUUUUGAUAAUUUGGGAGGAGCAAAAAUAAUAGGUAUGAAUGAAUCUUUCGUAGCCACGUAUUCUUGUAGAAUUUGUAAAAUAACUAUAAAAGAAGCUAGAAAAAGUGUUUCAUUAAAUGAAAUUCUGUUGCAAACUAAAUCAGAAUUAAUCUCAUUAUAUCAUCAGUUAGAAUAUUGUAAUAAUGAUACAUUUAAUUUUUAUAGUAUAAAAAAAAAAAAUCUUUGGGUAGAGUUGAAAUUUUAUGAUUUUGUUGAUAGUUCAAUUGUUGAUAUAUUUCAUGACUUUUUAGAGGGUAUUUGUCACCGAGAUAUAAAAUAUGUACUUAAAUAUUUGAUCAAGAUAGGUAUUGUCGAUCUGUCAAAUUUAAAUAAUAAAAUAUCAACUUUUGAUUAUGGCUUACAUAAAAGAUCUAACCAUCCAUGUCCAAUAGAUUUAAAUAAAAACGCAAAUUUAGUAGGUCAGCGUGGUGCUCACAUGUUUUAUUUGAUAACUUAUUUACCACUUCUUUUAACUGAUGAAAUAACGAAAUUGAUUCAUGAGGGUACAAAAAAAUGGAGAGUUAUUUUAUUGUUAAUAGAAAUUAUGAAAAUUGUAUUUGCUCCAACAAUAAGCUAUGAUAUGUUAGAUAGACUAACAGUUUUAAUUAAAGACCAUCAUAGUCUUAUUAUUAAUGAAUUUAAUUCAUCAAUGAUAAUGAAAGAUCAUUUGAUAACACAUCUUCCAAUGAUUAUAAAUAAAAUGGGACCACCAAGAAUUCAUUGGACCAUGAAAUACGAAAGUAAAAAUGGAUUUUUAAAAAGUUUCGUAUACAAGUUGAAAAAUUUCAAAGACAUAGCACAUACACUGGCUAAUCGUCAUCAAAAAUGUAUGCUACAAUCAUGGAAUAAUAGAAAACUAUAUUCUGAAGACGAACCACAAAUUAACAACCGAAAAUAAUAAGUUUAAAGUCAAGUGAAUUUUGUGAUAUUAUUAACAAAACGUUAAAUA